AGCUGGGGGCUGUCCUUUCAGACCCUUGUUCUGAAAAGCCGCGAGGCUUUAGUUCGCAAUUCCGCGAAGGCAGGACUUCUCGCGAGAAAUGAAAUUGCGGCUCCACCUGUGAAGGGGCGGUUGGGCGGGCGCAGGGGCUUUCUAUUUAUCUGUGAGCUCUUUUUUCAUUUGUUUCCUUGGCCUUCGCGCUGGCUGGCCUGUUUUUUCUUUGUGCAUCAUCCUCUACCUGAGAAAUGGUCGCUUCCCCCUAGUCUAGACACGGUGAGGAGCUCUGAGGAGGAGAAUCUUGGGCUCUAGAUUUUGAGGCGGCCUGGGAGGGUGCUUUUUUUUUAAAAAAUCGCUCCGAAGUCCACCCUUGUAUUAAGGAUUGUUUUUCAGGGUAAACCUAUGGUCUUUCGGAUUUUGUGGCAAGCUAGUCAGGCCCUUAUGAUAGUCGUUGUCAAACUUACUCGAGAAGGCUACUCCAGGUGACUCCUGGGCCAGGUAUUGCUCCGGAGGGUGUUCUCAUUAGCGUCAGUUUUUCUUUAAACAGCAGUAGUAAAAGUCAGUCUGCAAGCUUUUGUGAAAGAACAUUGUGCAGCAUGGAUUCUCUACCAGAAGAGUUUUUUAUCAGGGAUCUUCCUGUGGAGGAGCAGGCUAAGGAAGAAACCAGGACUAAGGUAGAAGAAUCAACUGAUCAACUGGACAAACAGGAAAAGGAAACACCUACUGAUCUCGUCCCUGUUAACCUACUACUAGAAGUGAAGAAGUUAUUGAAUGCAAUUAAUACUCUACCAAAAGGUGUGGUUCCUCAUAUCAAGAAGUUCUUACAAGAAGAUUUUUCCUUCCAAACUAUGCAGAGAGAAGUUGCAGCCAACACCCAGAAUGGGGAGGAAAUUGUUCCUGCUUUGACUUUACGUUUCUUAAUAACACAACUGGAAGCAGCACUUAGGAAUAUUCAAGCUACUAAUUAUACUGCACAUCAGAUUGAUAUUGGUUAUUACUUGACAUUACUAUUUUUGUAUGGAGUAGCACUCACUGAAAGAGGAAAGAAAGAGGAUUAUAUAGAAGCUGAGAAUAAAUUUCUGGUGAUGAAGAUGGUGAUCCAAGAAAAUGAAAUUUGUGAAAACUUUAUGUCUUUAGUUUAUUUUGGACGUGGUUUGCUUCGAUGUGCUCAGAAGAGAUAUAAUGGAGGACUACUAGAAUUUCAUAAAAGCUUACAAGAGAUAGGAGAUACAGAUGAUCAUUGGUUUGACAUAGAUCCGACAGAAGAUGAAGAUCUACCUACAACUUUUAAAGAUCUUCUUAAUAAUUUCAUCAAGACAACUGAGGGUAAUAUAAUGAAGCAGACCAUUUGCAGUUAUCUGGAUUGUGAGCGAUCUUGCGAAGCUGACAUUUUGAAGAACAGCAAUUAUAAGGGAUUUUUUCAGUUAAUGUGCAGUAAAAGCUGCUGUGUUUACUUCCAUAAAAUUUGUUGGAAAAAAUUCAAGAAUUUAAAAUAUCCAGGUGAAAAUGAUCAGAGUUUUAGUGGGAAAAAAUGUUUGAAGGAAGGAUGUACUGGUGACAUGGUAAGGAUGCUGCAAUGUGAGGUACCUGGAAUUGUCAAAAUUUUGUUUGAAGUUGUGAGAAAAGAUGAAUAUAUAACCAUUGAAAAUUUAGGAGCCAGUUAUAAAAAGUUGAUGUCUCUGAAAAUAACUGAUACUGAUAUAAGACCGAAGAUCAGUUUAAAAUUUAGUACAAAAGUUUCAGAUAUUCUUCUGCGCCUUGGGAUGAAGCAAGAGGAUAUUGACACAGUGAAGGAGAAUCCUAUUGAGAAUCUCUCUCUUGAUUACCAUCAGCUGUCCAUCUACCUAGGCAUACCAGUACCAGAAAUCAUCCAGAGGAUGUUAUCCUGCUAUCAACAAGGAAUUGCUCUACAGUCAAUAACAGGAAGUCAACGUAUUGAAAUAGAAGAGUUACAAAAUGAGGAAGAAGAACUAAGUCCACCUCUCAUGGAGUACAAUAUAAAUGUGAAAUCAAACCCUGAAAUACAGUUAGCGGAAAUUAAUAAAGAUGGGGCAUCGAUACCCAGUGAAUCUUCAACAGAAUCUAUUAAAGAUCUCCAAGAAGUUAAGAGUAAACCAAAGAAAAAGAAAAAGACUAAGAAUAAGAAGAAUAAGGAAUCAAAAGAAGAGCAAGUCCCAAAUAUGAUAGGAAAGGAGGAGCAGUUGAAGAAAGAGCAAGCAAAUCUAUACCCAGUCGGUAGAUUUGCGAAAGAUGAUGCAAGUGAUAUUCAAGAAGAUUCUGCCACUGAAGACAAGUUCUAUAGCCUGGAUGAAUUGCAUAUUCUGGACAUGAUAGAGCCGGGCUCAACCAGUAACGUAACUACAGAAUAUGGAGAAACUGAAAAGGAGAAGCUUGCUCGACAGCAGCAGCUUUGUAAAUUGCACUAUCAGUGUGAAGAUUUCAAAAGACAAUUGAAAACAGUGACUUUUCGGUGGCAAGAAAACCAAAUGCAGAUUAAAAAGAAAGAUAAAAUCAUCGCAUCACUUAACCAACAAGUGGCUUUUGGAAUCAAUAAGGUGUCCAAAUUACAGCGUCAGAGCCAUGCUAAAGAUAAUGAAAUCAAGAACCUUAAAGAGCAACUUUCUAUGAAAAGAUCUCAGUGGGAAAUGGAGAAGCAUAAUCUGGAAAGCACGAUUAAAACAUACUUAAACAAACUAAAUGCAGAAACUAGCAGAGCUUUAACAGCAGAGGUGUAUUUCUUACAGUGUCGUAGAGAUUUUGGUUUGCUUCAUCUAGAGCAGACUGAAAAGGAGUGCCUCAGUCAGCUUGCCAGGGUGACUAACAUGGCGGCAAGCAACCUAGAAUCACUUCAAUUAAAGGCUGCAGUAGACAGUUGGAAUGCCAUUGUGACAGAUGUUAGAAACAAGAUCGCAUUCCUCAGGACACAGUACAAUGAACAAAUUAACAAGGUGAAACAAGGGUUUACCUUGAGUACCUUGCCUCCAAUCCAGCUUCCUCCACCACCGCCCAGUCCUGAGAUACUGAUGCAGCAGUUCCUAGGAAAACCCGUUGUGAAAGAAUCUUUAUUUAGACCUUUACUCACUGUUCCUCAAAUUCCUGCUAUUUGUUCUGGAGUCAUCUCCGCAACUGGCCAACCUAGACAUCCCCUGAUGGCUGGCAUAGCCUGGACGGUGCCAGCAUCAGUGGGAGAAGCUAUGUCUCCCAGUGCAGGUCUGGGAAGUGAUCUUCCCAUAAUUAAUUGGGAGAAGAUUACAGACAGGCUGAAGACUGCCUUUCCACAACAGACCAGAAAGGAGCUUACAGAUUUCUUACGGAAAUUGAAGGAUACUCAUGGGAAGUCCUUAUCUGGACUGACAUUUGAUGAAAUUGUUUGCAAGAUUUCCCAAUUUAUUGACCCCAAGAGAUCUCAGAGUCAAGGAAAAUCAGUGCCAAAUGGAAACAGUGUUUCACCCAGCCACCAUACGCCACCCCAGGCUAAUGCUGUCCAGCCCUCAAAACCAGCCCGGAAGCCCCUCAGUUCACAAGGUCCUGUCAAAUUAGAAGGAGCCAAUAAUUUGGAUGAUGAUGAGGAAGAAGAAGAGGAGCCUUGUGUGAUUUGUCAUGAGAAUCUCUCUCCAGACAACCUCUCGGUUUUGCCUUGUGCACACAAAUUCCACUCUCAGUGCAUUAGACCUUGGCUGAUGCAACAGGGGACAUGCCCAACCUGCAGACUUCAUGUUUUGCUACCAGAAGAAUUUCCUGGUCACCCCAGGCGGCACUUGCCCAAGAUAUGAUACAAAGGGGUGACUAGCCAAAGGAAGUUCAAUUUUCAGACUCUGAAAUUUAGUUUUGCUUUUUAUUUGAGUGUUCAAUUUUCAGACUCUGAAAUUUAGUUUUGCUUUUUAUUUGAGUGUUCAAUUUUCGGACUCUGAAAUUUAGUUUUGCUUUUUAUUUGAGCUGAUAGUGUAAAUGGUGUGAAGCAGUAUGCUCUUCCAUAUUGUGCAAAAUAAGCUAGCUAAUCUCAUCAAAGCUGCAGCCAAAGAGGAGAGGACAGGUCUUCAGGAUUAUGGACCAAACUGAAAGAGUUCAAAGAAGAUGGAGUUUUAAAAGUUACAUUACAUUUGCUUUUACCUUAUUAGGUAUUUUCUUUCAACAUAAACAUGAUUAUUGUUGGCAUGUAUCUUAGGAUGUCUUAUCUUUUCCUGAUUGCACUCAUUCUUUACUUUAUCUCAAAUAUAUUACAUUUUAAUUUCCUAAAAUAAAUGUAAACAAGUGGAAAAACUCCACCUAUUUUAGUAUUCUUUUUUAACUUUUAAAAUUGCUUAUAAACUAUAUUUUAUUUAUCUACACCUCAUGUUUUAUCUCUAUCUUCCCAAUCCUUUUCUGUACUCUAAAAUAUGUACCCAUGAAUAGAUUAUAAACUACAUGAAGGUGGGUUCCAAGCAGUAGUGUGUUGGAGCUGGAGUAUAAGAGCUUGGGAGAGGUGAUUCUUAGUUUCAGGAAUUUUUUGAGCCAGUUAUUCAACUUGUUGGUAGCUUGAAAUCUGCCACAGUGGGAGUAUUUUAUACCACAGGAAUUGGCAAAUGCUAUAAGGAAGGGCUUUCCUUCCUCUCAAGAGCUGGUUACUAAACAUUUACCAGCAUGCCUCUGGGACCAUGUCUGAUGAUUCUUACUGUUCUCAAUGUCUUGUACAGUAGGUGUAGCAUAAAUAUUCCCCAGAAUUAUAAAUCAGGAAGCAGUAAGAAAAGAAGUUAGGGUGCAAAUUAAGUCACUUGCUUAGAUAAAUAACAUGUUCAUUUGUAAACAUGCCCUUUGGACCUUAAUCAUUUAUACUUUUGGAGGAAUUUUUUUCCUGCCUUAAAAGUUUCUAAUUUCACUUUCUCAGGCUGGAGGCUGGAGGGUAGAUUUGUAUGUAGUUGCUUCUUUAGAGUUUACACCUACUGAGCUAAGUUGCAUAUCUAAAGCUUGUAACCAAGAACUUUCAUUCUAGAAGUCAAAAACCUAUUUUGAAAUUAGUAUUGUGUAAAUACUGUAAGUGUUGUACAUGUCUCUACCUACAAAAUUAAAAUCAUUCAGUUAUCUUGUAAGAGAAUUGCUACUUAGUUCAUAUUAUUUUCCAUAAAUUAAUGAAAUUCAUACUGUGAAUAAGUGUUUCCUGGCUGAGCAAUUGUUUUACCUGUAUAUUGCAGUGUAAAUGUAUCUUAAAGUUAUUUUAAAUCUCUACUUAAAAUUACUAUUUCUUUAACUGUAUGCUAAAUGUUUUCUUCUCUGAGAAUAGACUGGAAAAUGUGAAGGAAGAUACACCAAAAUAAAGGCAGUCAUUUAGACAUGUAAAAUGUCAAGAAUGUCUUAGAAUUGCACAAUUCAGAACUUACAGGCCUUUUAAUAAUUAUCUUGUCUAACACUUCAAGGUCAUGAUCAUAUAGCAAAUUAUCUUGUAAAAUAAAUGUUUUUUAUUGUA